UGUACAUCCAAAGGUUCGCGCAAGCCUAGCAGAGGCAGAGAGCUUCUCAUUGUAUUUGAGUGUUGCAGAUAUUUCAACAUUGCCACCUGGGUGGACUACAUGUGCCCACUUUAGAUUGACCAUGGUUAAUCAACUUAACACCAAGAAGUCAAUAGCAAAGCCUGCAAAGGGCACUGUUCGACUAGUGUUCAAAAAGGGCUCAAGUGAGUGGGGCUUCAGAUCAUUUAUGCCUUGUAGUGAGCUUUAUGAUUGCAGCGCAGGUUAUCUUGUGAAUGAUAUAUGUAUUGUUAAAGCCAAGGUUGAUAUCCCAAUUAAGAGUCAAGACCAUGGACCUGGCAUUUCUGCAACUAUCAAGUCCUCAAUAAGAAAGAACAGAAAUGGUUGGAGCCUUCAAAUGUGAAUUCUGUGCAAGUCCCAGACUCUUUAGUUG